AUGGACAGCGGUGGGUCUUGGGAUGAUACCGACGACAUCCAGGAUGGUGGCACACACUCCUGCAGUGAGGUUGAUGCCGACGAUGAAGGCAUGCAAGAAGAAUAUCCCGUUUCCUUAGAUUUAAUGCCGAACGAUACUUUGGAACGAAUCCUCUCAUUCCUCCCUAUCGAGAGCAUUUACAAGGCGGAAUCUGUGUGCAAGAGAUGGCAAACGAUUGUGCGCUCGAGAAAUUUUAUAAGGAACAUUUAUCCCGUUCAUCAUCAACUGCCAUGGUACUACAUGUUCAAGUGCACGAACAAGCAUACAGGCCACGCGUACGAUCCUAACCUGAGGAAGUGGAACCGAAUUUCGCUCCCUAAUUGCACGGAGAGCUCCGACUUGAUCAUCGGUACCUCGGGCGGGUUGGUCUCUUUUUAUGAUAUUGAUGUCCGCACGGGCAAGCUAUACGUUGGCAAUCCGCUUACAAGACAAUGGAGGGAGCUCAUUGAGCCCCCGGGCUUAAAUCUUCCAGAAUAUGGUGCCCUCUCAAUGACACGCAGCAGGAAGAGUUCAUCAGAAGGAGGAUCCUAUAGGAUCUCGAUCGUCGAGUCGAAGCAUGUCUCUGUAAAUUUUUUGGAAUGGAACCUCUCGAUUCAUUUGUAUGACUCCGAGUCUAAGACGUGGAGAACACCUUUGAGGGAAGUCCUGACAGGAUGGAGAGGGGGUAAUGAGAGCGCGAUAUGCGAUGGGUCUCUGUAUUUUCUCAUGUAUGCUGCAGGCGGUGGCUGGAACAUGCAAUAUCAACAUGGCUUGGCGAGGUACAGUCUAUCGGGGCAGUCGCUAGGGCAUGAUUCUCUGGCAAGGAGUUUCAUUCCUGCGCCUUGUACGCUGACAUGCGGACGGUUGAUGAACCAUGGGGAGAGGUUGGUGAUGGUGGGAGGGAUCGGGAAGGAAGGCCGGCCCGGAAGGUUGAAGGGGAUCGGGAUCUGGGUCCUGAAUGGGAGCAAGUGGGAUGAGAUUGCUAUGAUGCCGCAGGAGUACUUCGAACGGUUCGGAGGAUCCGAUGAUGUGUUUGCUUGCAGCGGGAGCUGUGGCUUGGUAUACAUUCAUAGGUAUGGGAGAUCUGCGCUGCUCAUGUUUGACAUGAACGAGAGGCGAUGGAGGUGGGCGCAGAAGGGCCCAGUUGUCGCGCUGAAAUUUUCUCUGGACGUCUUCAGCGGUUUCUGCUUUAAACCAAGGCUGGACGCUAUGCCCUGA